UUACUAAACAAAAAAAAUGGCGUCCUUGCUUUUGUGAUUAGCGAUUAUUUGAUGUCGCAUGAGUUUUUUGCAAUUUUUGUUAACAAUAAUGCUUAUAAGUUAUAUCAAUGUUCAGCAAUAAAUCCCAGCUUAAGAGACGUACUCCAGAAAAUGGCAUUGAUCGUGAAAACUUUCUUUCACUAUUAGUCGACGAGUAUUUGAACUCUACUUUGUAUGAUGCUAAAUGCCAAGUUUUAGCGAAUUUGGCCAAUUUUGCUUAUGACCCUGUAAACUACGUCUACAUCAGAGACGUCGGUGUUCUUGACAUAUUUCUGUAUGUUAUCAAGAACGAAACCAAUACACAGUUACUACACUUCGCUACGGCAGGUAUCUGCAAUUUGUGUAUAGAUCCACUGAACGCUGACUAUAUAUUAAGGAACUCAGGAUUAAAACCUCUGCUAGCUUUACUAAGGAUUAACAAUACUGAUAUAGUAACAGAUACCAUCACAACUUUAAUCUACUUAUCUAAUCAACAGACAAAAAGUAAAAUAACUAUUCCUGAGGUUGUACAAAUUAUGCAAGAUCUGAAAAUGUCUGAAAGUGGAAAUCUAGCCAAUUUGGCUACCAUUUUCUUACAAGACAUUUGUGGCAUAUACUGAAAGUCUCAAAAUUUUAUAAACUG